AGUUCAUAGAGCAGCAUUUCUCAACCUUGUCUGUACAUUGGAGUCGCCUGGGGAAAAGAUGCCCAAGAUUCAAGCCAGACCAAUUAAAUCAGUAUCUCCAGGGAUGGGAACUGGAUAACGGCGCUGGCUGCAGUGGGACGUCCCUGGGCAGUGCAAGGCGGAAGGGCGCGCUCCGAGCCAGGAUGGGUGACUGGAAGGGCUACAUUAGCGCGGUGCUGCGAGACCAGCGCAUCGACGACGUGGCCAUCGUGGGCCACUCCGACAAUCGCUGCGUGUGGGCGUCGCGGCCCGGUGGCCUGCUGGCUGCCAUCUCCCCGCAGGAGGUGGGCGUGCUCACGGGACCAGAUCGGCGCACCUUCCUGCAGGCGGGCCUGAGCGUGGCCGGCCGCCGCUGCUGCAUCAUCCGCGAUCACCUGAUGGCCGAGGGCGACGGCGUGCUGGACGCGUGCACCAAGGGCCAGGACGGGCGCUGUGUCUGCGUGGGCUACACGCCGCGCGCGCUCCUGGUGCUCAUGGGCCGACGUGGCGUGCACGGGGGCAUCCUCAACAAGACUGUGCACGAGCUGAUCCGCGGGCUGCGCAUGCAAGGCACCUAGUGGGACCCCCAGGCUGCCCGCGCUGACGGGGCCGGAAUAAACUCUCACCUGGCGCGGUGCGCUCCGCCUCCCGUUGCGCGUGGGGAGUUACAGGUGAGGACACCUGCUUAGCGGAAGAUCCUUGCGGAUGGGUUGCCUGGCAGGGUUGGGAUUAUGAGUCCGGAAGCUGCCCUAGACCCUGCUCUCCCAUCCCCAGGUGCCCUGAAGAGCCCUCUGGCCCUUUGGCCAGUCCCGGGGGGGCCUAGAGGCGCUCCACCUGAGGAAGGGUCCGAGGGUGGGGUCUUCUUUUUCACACACCCUUCCCCCAUCUCAGGCCUUUCUCACAAAAAUCUGGCACAUCUGUGCAUGACAAACAAGAGUUCCCUCCUCUCUCCCCAUCCUUCCAAAGAUCUCCCCCCAGCACACAAAAGCUGGAGGCCAGCGUACCUCUCACCCCUCCACUCCACUGCAGGAGGCAGGAGCAAGGAUUGUGAGUGGACAGCCAGCUGCGUCAGGGUGAGGAGGGUAGAGAGCAGUGCUGGGGAUCCAAGGCUCCUGCAGCUCCCCCACUUACUUCAAAGGGGGAAAGUCCCACCUGGAGAGCCCAUGUCCCAGUCCAUUACACCCCCUGGUCUGGGGCCCUAGGGCUUCCUUUCCCCCUUCCAGUCCCCUUGGGGCCCAAAGGCCCCAGAAGUAGGUAGGCACUUUAGAAUCUCCCACCCUUUGACCAUCACUCUGCAGACCUGAGCUCAAGGGGGCCCUACGGAGAAGGAAUUAAACCCCUUGGAUGGACUGAAGUGAGGGCUACUUUAUUAAAGGCUGCAGGUGGAGGCCAAAGGUGGGAGGCAGGGUGUCUGGUCCCUGUCCCCAUGCACUGGGGUCCAGGGCAUGGCUUCUGUCACCCCCUCCCCCUGCCUGCCCCCUCCCCCAGUGGCUCUGACAGGCCCCACCAGUCAGUCAUUUUCUGGAACGCUGAUCUUGUCCCAGUAAGGGGGAGUGGGAAGGAGGGAGGUGGGUUCGGAGGGCAGGGAGAGACCAGAAGAGGUCCAGCCCAGUGGGGAUUAAGAGUAGGGUGGCCCCAGGCACUAAGUAGGGCUUCUGGGGCAUUUGAAUUGUAGGUUGCACACAUUAAGGCAGGGUAGGGUGGAGAAUUAGGGACAGCUGGCAAUACCCACUCCUCCAGAUCCGAUGCAAAGAUGGCAACUGGCCAGGGCAGGGCUGGCUGCUAUCAGAGACAGUCUCUGGGAGGGGAGAUGGUGCUAUGGAACCCCAAACCAUGGUCUUGCCUUCCUCUCUAGUUGGGGAGCAAAAAGACUUCCAAAUGCAUGAGAGUUUAAUUCUUGUAUUUAUUUUUUUUCCAUCAGGCAGUGUUU